UCCACUUAGUGUGUGGGCACUCGGAGACAAUGGAAUUAUUUAAGUACUUUCCCACAGGCUACACCUCGGUCCUGUGGCUGCUGGCUCUCUCUCUUUUGCUGAUCGUUUCUGUUAUCCGGCGGAGAGUUCCCAGGAAUUUCCCUCCUGGACCGACUCCGCUUCCUCUGAUCGGGAACCUGCACCAACUGGACCUCAGGAGGCUGGACUGGUCUCUCAUGGGGCUCGCAGAGAAAUAUGGAAGCGUAUUUUCAGUGGAGAUUGGCCCGCAGAAGGCAGUGGUAUUGUCCAGCUACGAUGCAGUGAACGAUGCGCUUGUAAAACACGCUGAUCUAUUCACUGGGAGGCCACACAUCCCGAUAUUUAACGAGUUUUCAUUGCGAAAGGGGGUUAUAUUCAGUGAUGGGAAGUUGUGGCAGGACAACCGGAAGUUUGUGAUCUCAGCUCUCCGAGACUUUGGCAUGGGCAAGAAAUCCAUUGAGGACAGGAUCACUGAAGAGGCCAGCUUUCUUGUCAAUGUAUUCGAGAGUCAUAAGGGUCAACCUUUUGAAACAGCAUGGAUAUUGAGUUCUGCUGUGAGCAAUAUAAUCUGUUCCAUGCUAUUUGGAGACCGCUUUGAUUAUGAUGAUGAAAUAUUUAUCCAACUCAUAAGCAUGAUCAAUGAGAACACGAGGCUGUCUGGAACAGUUCCACUACAUGCAUGUGUAUCUAGUGGGGACCUUCAUCCAUCUUUUAGCCAGUCUUACUCAACCCAUAAGAGACUGUUAGAAAAAGUCCAGCAACGAUAUUGGAGUCAGGAAGAGACUGCAGUUUUUGAAAAGAUUAAAGAGAAAGGGAAAGUUCAGGAAGAAAUUGAUCAGCUGAUAGGAGCUGGACGAUCUCCUGUAACUGAAGACCGGAAAUUAAUGCCCUACACUGACGCUGUGAUCCACGAAAUCCAGAGGUUUGCCAACAUCGUCCCCCUGAACCUUCCUCAUUCGACAACCGAGGACACGCACAUUAAAGGACAUUUCAUUCCAAAGGGAACUUAUGUGAUUCCUGUCCUGACCUCUGUGCUACGUGAUAAAACUCAAUGGAAAACUCCAAACGAGUUUAACCCGGCUCACUUCCUGGAUGCUGAUGGGAAUUUUGUGAAGAGAGACGCCUUCAUGCCUUUCUCUGCAGGUCAGAGGGUGUGCGCUGGUGAGGCGUUGGCUAAACUGGAGCUUUUCCUGUUCUUCACCACCCUGCUGCAGAAGUUCCAUUUCCAGGCUCCACCAGGUGUGACGGACCUGGAUACCAGCCCAAGAAUAGGCUUAGUCACCAACCCGAAACCUCACCGGGUUUGUGCUGUGCCUCGCUGAUGGCACCAGUGACAGUCCCAGCAAAUCUUUCACUGCUGAGUUUGUAAAUGUGGGUCCUUGAUUACGCUAUCUCUAACCAACCUGCUUGCAUAAAUCGGCCCGAAACGUCAGCCUUCCUGCUCCUAUGAUGCUGCUUGGCCUGCUGUGUUCAUCCAGCUCUACACCUUGUUAUCUCAGAUUCUCCAGCACCUGCAGUUCCUACUAUCAAGGAGAAUUUUCUCCGGUUGUAUAAUGAAGCUGGAAUCCCGUCGAGAGGUACAAGUCUACUUAUCUCUCAACCUAUCCAACUUAGCAUUGAGUUAAUAGGGCUAUUGAAAUGCAUUGAAACUGAUGCUUUGCAAUUAAUGAAUGUUUAAGCCUUGUUCUCUAACAAUAACCAACAUUUUUCUCACCCACCAGUUUAUGUUAGUCAGACUCUUACCUAAUGCAAUAAUGAAAACUGUCAGAUUAAUAAUGGAUGUGCUGAUUAAAAAUCUAAUAAAGACGCUCUAACUUCAA